CAUGAGUAUUUAUUUUUCUCUGCUGCCUUUUCCUCUUUAUUUCUCGUUACUUUAAUCUUUCCAUGAACAAGCUUGUAGUUUUUGUCCCCGAAUACGUCAAUCUUGACGACAUUGACAAGUGCCUGUGUGACCGUCUCACAGAGUUUAUCCAAGUGGACUCGAAGACCUUUGAGGCCGAAACCGAGUUGCGUGAGCGCAAUAGGUUUAUUGUUCUUGAGCAAAACUGUUUCCUUGUUUACGAGCAGGAAGCGGAUGGACCCGUGGCCUUUCACUACCAGUCGCGAAACCAGGUUAUGUCGCAUAUGCGAUACAGCAAAAUAUCGACCAUACACUAUAAUGGCAUGUCGAAUCUUCGACAGAAAGACGGUCUAUGGGUUGGAAACGAGCUUCCUGUGCUUUACUUUGUGUUUAAGAGCGACGCAGAUUGCCUGAAGCUGAACAAUAGUGCCGAGGAUAACACUAUUGUCGAGUACUAUGAGACAGAGGAUGAGGAGGAAUUUUCCAAGUUUGCUAAUAUUGCCAAGUCAAAGUGGGCAUGCGUUCCUCACUUUUUUGUUGUUAACCGCGGGAACGUUUACCAUGUCGUUGAUACCAAUGACACCAGCAUCAACUAUUAUUUUAGCCAUUCGCUGAAAUACAAGAUUAUUAGUGAUCUGGCCACGGGAGCUGCCACCAUUCAGACAUUCAUCGACGAGGAAAAACAUCUGCAUGAGCGCAGGCCUAAAACACAGCGUCUUCCCAACUUUCAGCUGCGCGAUUAUUUGGGAAACCCGGCAUUUAGCUUGGAGAUAAUCAAUGAAUGUAGGGAAAACGAAGUAGGCAGCGACUUCGAUGCAGACAAUGGUUCCGACGAAGAAGAUGGUAUGGACUUUUUGAGUUAUUUCGAUUACCAUUCGGAUGAAACUCCCCAUAUUUUUGGCUGCAACAGUUAUCCUUACAAAUUUGGAUUCAAGGUUGUCGACAGAAUAACUUAUUUGACCUACGAAUCCAAGUACCUGUGUGCCAGCGGCGACGAUGGCUACAAGAUAGAGGUCGUUCCUGCAAUUCCGCCCAAGAACCUGCGCAUCCAAGUGCAUUAUGCUGAAGACGGUAGCAUUAUGCUCACCAUGUGGGGAGGCAAUGUAUAUGCCAAUUGUGACUGGAUCAAGUGUGCAUAUGGCGGAAUUGGAUUCGACUCAAGCGAGUAUAUUUUGCGCUGGGGCUCACCGAUGAAACUGCGCCUGAGAAAGAUUCAAAAGUAGUUUUAUUUAAAAUAAAUAUAUAUGCCAAAUUUUGC